AUGAGUGACGACGAGCACUGGAUCCCUCGUCCGGUACCCAACUCAGCGGUCAUGAUCUGUGCCGGACACGAAAAGACCGGUGUCAACGCCGGCUUCCCAUGCCUUGUGCUCAAGUUUCGUGGCGGUCCAUACCAGGUCUGCAGUGUGUGCGGUCAGAACUGGCACUUGUACAUGGCUACCAUCCCGCAGACCUCUGCGGCAGGCGCCAUGGCCAUGUCCAACCUCCGGCUGGCCUCCGAGGUGUGGGCCCUGAAGGGCAACACCGCCUGGGACGACGACUGGGAGAGCGACAUCUAG